AUGAACGAGGCCGACAAGAUCAUGGAGAGGGCCGAGGAAGACGCCAGCCCCGAGCGCUUCCCAUCGCGCGCCGAAAAGAAGACGGAAGAAACACACGAGCCAAUUGAGCGAACAACGACCGCCUCGACCAGUUCCUCGUCCUCGUCCUCGUCCUCCUUCUCCGACGCCUCUGCUGCCGAGCGCGAUGGCCGCAUGUCACGCCUGCCCACCCAACGCGACGAGAUCGGGGCCCUGGAGCGCCAUCCGACGGCGCUGAGCCGCAUCCAGACACAACGCAGUCAGCAUAGCGCGACCGUGGGCGCGGGCUUGAAGAGCAGGCAGUCCAGGAAACCGUUGCCUGCGUUUGGCGCCGGGAAGCCGUAUCCGCCGCCAUUGCCCGAAAGAGAGGAAUACGUCGUCGAGUUCGAUGGUCCUGACGAUCCCCUACACGCCCAGAAUUGGAGUCUGAAGAAGAAGAUUUUCACGGCAGCCAUGCUUGGCUUUACCACCUUGACGUCGGCUUUCGGCAGUUCCAUCUUCAGCGCCGCUACAAGGGUAGUGGCAACCACUUAUGGCGUAGGCACCACCGUCGGCGUCUUGGGCACGUCUCUGUAUGUACUGGGUUUCGCGACUGGCCCCAUCUUCUGGGCGCCCUUCUCAGAGCUCAAGGGCCGACGGCUACCGCUUGUCAUUGCAUCUUUCGGCUUCUCCGUCUUCAAUAUUGCCGUGGCUACCGGGAAAGAUCUGCAGACAAUACUGAUAUGCCGUUUCUGGAGUGGAUUCUUCGGCGCCUGUCCGUUGACCUGCGUGGCAGCCGUCUUCUCCGACAUGUUCAACAACCGUACACGAGGCAUGGCAAUAACUAUAUUUAGCAUGACAGUAUUUACUGGCCCCUUACUAGCCCCUUUCAUUGGCGGCUUUAUCGUCAUCUCCGACUUGGGCUGGCGGUGGACCGAAUACAUCGUCGCCAUAAUGGGGUUCGUCGCCUUCGCCCUCAACCUCUUCUUCCUCUCCGAGUCAUAUCCUCCCGAGAUCCUUGUCGCGAAAGCUGCCGAGCUGCGCCGCCGAACUAAGAACUGGGGCAUCCAUGCGAAGCAGGAGGAGAUCGAGAUUGACUUCAGGGAACUCAUGGAGAAGAACUUCAGCCGCCCGCUCAGGAUGCUGGUUAGCGAACCAAUCGUGCUGCUUUUAUCCGUCUAUAUGGCCUUCAUCUAUGGCCUACUCUACCUCUUCCUGACAGCGUUUCCCUUGGUUUUCCAGGGCGUCCAUCAUAUGAACCCUGGAGUCGGCGGGCUUCCAUUCUUCGGCAUGAUCACGGGACAGCUUCUUGCUGGAACAACCAUUUUCCUACGCCAGCCGUCUUAUCAAAAGAAGCUAGCCGCGAACAACGACAUGCCGAUCCCUGAAUGGCGGUUGCCAGAAGUUAUCGUGGGAGGAGCAUGCUUUGCGGUUGGCAUCUUCUGGUUUGGAUGGACGGGCUACAAGGAGUCAAUUCACUGGAUCGUUCCAACAUUAUCUGGCAUCCUAAUCGGAUUUGGUCUUCUCAGUAUCUUCUUACAAGCUCUAAACUACCUGGUAGAUGCCUAUCUUAUGUUUGCCGCAUCAGCAAUUGCUGCAAAUACAUUCCUCCGUAGUCUCUGCGGUGCUGCCUUCCCGCUAUUCGCCCAGCAAAUGUUCCAGGGCAUGGGUAUCCAGUGGGCAGCCACCCUCCUCGGAUGCAUAGCUGCCCUCCUAGUUCCCGUACCCGUGUGGUUUUACUUACAGGGCGCGAAAGUGAGGGAGAAGAGCAAGUUUGCGCCUACGCCAAAGCCGUUAGUCGCGCGGGAGUAG